ACAUUUUCUUUUGUGUGGUACCAUUACUUCUAGUAUCCCUUGGUAACAUUCAAGAAUAAAGCAAGCAAUAUAAAGAUGGGUUGGUUCGACUGGAUGUACAGCGCUCUUGCGAGCUUAGGUAUGUCUUCAGGGUGCAAACGAUCGAUUGGAAGAGAAACGUAAUUGCUGGGGCAGUCUUUUUUUGGUUGGCGAGUACCAAACGUGCAACGACGAAGGACACGUGGUUCGUCAAUGGUUCAGCCGCAAUCUUGUUCCUGCCGCACUGAAUCAGAAAAUUCGAUAGCUCAGUGUUUGAUGGAAGGCCAAGGAGCUUGCGGCAAUGUCUGACUCGUGCAGGGAUGAAUUCUGUACGCUUUUGCAACGUCGACGGGAGAACUGGUCAUCUCCGAUCGGAGUUUUCCCUGUAGAAAUAGGAAAGGUCGCGCGAUGCAUGCCAUCCCAAGCCAUCUACUGGAUGCCAUACCACACCACUCCGAAACGAUGCCCCAAGUGGUUCCUAACCAAUUUGUUUCUUGUGUCCGUUCCCGUUUCAUCUCCCCGCAGGUCUCUAUCACAAGAAUGCCAAGAUUUUGUUUCUCGGCCUGGACAAUGCGGGAAAAACGACGCUGCUCCACAUGCUGAAAGAGAACCGGGUGCAGGUCCACGUGCCCACGCUGCAUCCCAACACGGACGAGCUGAUCAUUGGCAACAUUAAAUUCAAGACCUUUGACCUCGGGGGCCACGAGACGGCCCGCCGCCUGUGGCAGGACUACUUCACCACGGUCGACGGGGUCGUCUACAUCGUCGACGCCAUCGACCGGGGACGCUUUCCCGAGGCCAAGCAGGAGCUGGACGCCCUGCUGACCACCGAGGAGCUCCAGGACGUUCCCUUUUUGGUCCUCGGAAACAAGAUCGACAUGCCCAGCGCCGCCAGCGAGGAGGAACUGAAAUACGAGCUCGGGCUGAUGGACACGUACGGGAAAGACAAGGGACCCGACGGUUCCGGAGCCCGCCCCAUCGAGCUCUACAUGUGCUCCGUGGUGCGACGAAUGGGAUACGCCGAUGGAUUCAAGUGGUUGUCUCAGUUUUUGUCGUAAGCGAUCGGACUUGACUCGACUCGACUUGACUUGGUUUCCUUUGCUUUCAUUCAGCCCGUCGAAACGAAACCCUCGAACGUGCGGUACGAAUGCAUUUUUGGUGUGGUGGUUUGGAGGGAUUGGACAGCAAUCGCACGGUGUCUGGAGGCAGGCUGCAACUAUGUAUAGACGACAAAAGUGAAAAUAAACAAAACGUGGGCUGUGUUGGAGAAAAGUUUUCGUGCUUUUUGUGUGGUGUUCUUUCGCGUAUCUUUCGUUCCGGUAUUUUUUCAUGCUAUUCCCGUUGCUACCGGCUGUCCUUGAAAUUAGAGAAGGAGCACACCAGGGCAACAACAAGCAAGAAACGUGGUGUGUAGUUGUUCCAUUCCUUCUUUCAUUCACUCGUACAGUGCUGCAUACAUUCAUACACAUAUACACACCCCUCUUGCAUCUCUACAGAGAACGUCUCGGACACAACAAAUUACUACUAUCAUUAAUGCAUCUUCCCGUUCACGACACCGAAAGUUUCGGAGAAACGAUAAACAUAGACCUCACAU